AUGUAUAUUAAUGAACUACCAUUGCGGACAAAAGGAGUAAGAGCGAUGCAACACCGACAAACAUUUGUAGACAAUUUCAUUCAUACAAAUCGAUCACUCCAAGCUCUGGUUAUCCAUUGUCCAGAAUCGCACGAUGAUUGGAUGCGAAGUGAAGACACCAACCUGUGUUCGAGUGGUGAUCGAUCGGGCAACAUGAGAAAGAAACACAGAAGGAAUCGCACCACCUUCACCACAUACCAGCUACACGAAUUGGAACGAGCUUUCGAACGAUCUCACUACCCCGAUGUUUACAGCAGAGAAGAGCUGGCUGUCAAAGUCAACCUACCCGAAGUCAGGGUGCAGGUUUGGUUUCAGAACAGAAGAGCAAAAUGGCGACGGCAAGAAAAACUCGAAAAUCAAAACGCACUGAGAGGUCUUGGCCACGUCAGCUCCAGUCUUCUCGGCUCAGGAUCUAGAUCUCAGUCCCCAAUUGGUCCGAGUUCCGUCAGCGGAACCGCCCUCUCGUCUGUGACGUCAGUUUGGUUUCAGAACAGAAGAGCAAAAUGGCGACGGCAAGAAAAACUCGAAAAUCAAAACGCACUGAGAGGUCUUGGCCACGUCAGCUCCAGUCUUCUCGGCUCAGGAUCUAGAUCUCAGUCCCCAAUUGGUCCGAGUUCCGUCAGCGGAACCGCCCUCUCGUCUGUGACGUCAGUGGGAAAUCAUUUGGGAUCGAACUCUCCACUUCUGUUCGAUCCCUGGCUGACGCCUUCACUUCUGGGUCUUCGACUGCCCGGUCUGCCCGGAUUCCAACUCCAUACUGUGUACCCUAGUUAUCUGACUCCGGCUAAUCUCUCCACAAAUCACAUGACGAACGAAAUGACCAGCAAAAUGAAGUCGUCCCCGCUGAAUUUGUCGGUGGACAACGAGGAUCUGGGAGGAGAUGACCACCAGAAAACAAUUUGUGAUCCAAGAAGUUCCAGUAUUGCCGCACUAAGACACAAAGCGAAAGAACAUCUGCAGGUUCUUAGUAAAAGACACGUGACAUAGGAAACCUCAUUAAAAUUCUCGUUAAAAAUGUUAAGAUUGUUUUGGUAGUUUUUGUUCAGUCUGACUAAAAUUCGAAAUUCGUGGAGAACUGAAAAAACUGAGAGAACUCGAUGACUCAAGACUUAUUGUCCCAGACAACUAAUUACAUUAAAUGAACAAUUUUUUUCAUUUUCCUUCACAAAUGUUUCAUUCGUUCAAGAAGGAAAAAAAAGGCACUUCACUCCGAGAGUAUGCAGUCCCUCGCCAAAUUAUUAGACGAACUAUAAAAUUCUAUGUAGAAUCUUAAUCAUCAGGUGAUACUAUACAGCUUUA